AUGAAACCCAACGUUCGCCUGUGCGCGGCGAUUUUACUCCUCAUCGCCGUCUUUGCGUUGGGUUGUCGCUUUAGCUCGAUACAGGGCCAGCGCGCGCAAUCUGGCAAUCACCCUUUGUCGGCGAACCGGGAUGAGUCGAAGGGUGAUCCGGUGCGAGCUCAGGAGGUUGGCGAUGGAGAUGAGAUCCAGCCGACUAAGUCUGUCGCGCGGGCUAGGCGACCGGCUAUCACUGAUCUUGUGCCUGUGCAAACGCCCGCCUCGGCUCAAUGGAUGGUUGACGAGAAGUUUCGUCGGGACGGAGUGAUUGUGAUGGGAAGAUUGAAAAGCGAAGACACGAGUUGGGUCGCUGAGGAUCUGCCCGAAUGGCAGCGUGCGAUCUACACCGUGGAUGAUCCACACGCGCCGCUCCGAGUGAAGAAGAAUAAAGGCCGAGAGGCCAACGUGUACCUACAGUACAUCAUUGACCACUACCACAAACUCCCCGAAACCAUCAUCUUCCUCCACAGCCACCGCGACGGUAUCAAGGGAUGGCACACCGAGUUCUUUGAUCACAGCAACGUGAAGACGGUCCGCAUGCUGAACGUCGGCCUUGUCCAGCGCAACGGUUACGUCAAUUUGCGCUGCGACUGGUACCCCGGCUGUCCGGAUGAAGUGCAGCCGUUUCGUGAGCCUCGAGACGAAGGCCGACAUGCGGAGCAUGCGUUUCCAGACGCUUGGCGUUACUUUUUCAACGGGACGAAAGUUCCCGAGGUCGUUGCGGUUCCUUGUUGCGCUCAGUUUGCGGUGUCGAGGAAACAGAUUCUUGACCGUCCACUGAGUGAUUAUCUUCGGUAUCAUCGGUGGGUCAUGGAGACACCGUGGGAUGAUGAUACCAGCGGAAGGGUUAUGGAGUAUAUGUGGCAUAUCAUAUUCGGCCAGGAGCCUGUAUAG